ACGUGUGACGUGAGUUUUUUUAAUUUCACUUUUAAUUUUUGAUAGAAAAACAGUGAUUAAAUGUGAAAUAUAAAAACGCAACAAUCGAAAAGUAUGUGAUUGCUUCUAGAUAAAAAUUAUGUACUGUCUUCAAUGGCUCAUUCCUGUUUUAUUGAUGCCUAAACCUUCUAAUCCUGCACUUGUACAGACACACGUUAUGUUUAUGGUAUUAUAUCUCAUAGGUUUCUUCUUGGAAAGAAAACCAUGUACAAUUUGUAGUUUAGUUUUUCUGGCUACAGUAUUUCUAAUUUGUUAUAGUGGAUUAGGCAACUGUUUACUAUGGGCUUCAAAUUGCGAAAACGACAAAGGAUAAAGAAAUCUCAACAUUUGAAACUUUGGACUUUUUAGUUCUAAGAAGACAUGCUCGAAUGGCAAUACCAGUGGAAACAGUAUUUAUAACGGAUAUUUUUUCAAGUGAAUAUGAAAAUUUAUUAUUUAUUGUUAUGUAAAUAUAUUUGUAUAA